AUGCUUCACAUUGCCAAGGAUGUUCCGCGCAAUUCACUUUCAUCAAUCACAAUGAGGUCACCUGGAGUAGGGCGUGGAAGAGGAAGAGGUAGAGAGGAUAGCUCUAAAGCAAAAGGCAUUGGUCAUGGUUUGGAUGAUGGAGCUGCUAAAAACACAGGAGGAGGUCGAGGCAGAGGAGAGCGCCUCAAUAAGUCAAAGCAUAAGCCUUCCCACAAGGCACUCGAAACUAAGAGAUUGGACUACUAUGAGCAAGGUCACCCAAUGAAGCCACAUAGGAUGCGGAUGACUCAUGCUCUCCUCACACAAUAUGGACUACUACAACAUAUGACUGUAUUUAAGCCUAGUCCCGCUCGAGAGAGGGAUCUGUGCAAGUUUCAUGCGGAAGAUUAUGUCUCGAUCUUGAAAAGAAUCACGCCAGAUAAACAGCAGGAUUACCUGACACAGCUGAAGAGAUUUAAUGUUGGCGAUGAUUGCCCUGUUUUUGACGGUCUUUACUCCUUCUGUCAAAGCUAUGCUGGAGGUUCUAUUGGAGGAGCAGUUAAGUUAAACUAUGAACGUUGUGACAUUGCGAUAAACUGGGCUGGUGGAUUGCACCAUGCAAAAAAAUGCGAGGCUUCCGGUUUCUGCUAUGUGAAUGACAUAGUUCUGGCUAUUUUGGAGCUCCUCAAGUUUCACGAGCGCGUUUUAUAUGUGGACAUCAAUGUUCAUCACGGAGACGGCGUUGAGGAGGCAUUUUAUACUACAGACAGGGUCAUGACCGUCUCUUUUCACAAAUAUGGAGAAUAUUUCCCUGGCACUGGCGGCAUAGAAGAUAUUGUAUUUGGGAAGGGGAAAUAUUAUGCUGUUAAUGUUCCAUUAGAUGAUGGAAUUGAUGAUGAAAGCUAUCAGUCCUUGUUUAAGCCAAUUAUGAGAAAGGUUAUGGAAGUUUAUAGGCCCGGAGCCGUCGUUUUACAAUGUGGAGCUGACUCCUUAUCUGGGGAUAGGUUAGGCUGCUUCAAUUUAUCCAUUAAAGGUCACGCGGAGUGUGUCAGAUUCAUGAGAUCCUUUAACGUGCCGCUUCUUUUGUUGGGUGGAGGUGGCUACACACUACAUAAUGUUGCUCGUUGCUGGUGCUAUGAGACGGGAGUGGCACUAGGAAUUGAGGUUGACGAUAAGGAGCCAGAGCACGAAUACAUUGAGUAUUUUGGUCCAGACUACACCCUUCAUGUUGCUCUAAGUAACGUGAAAAAUAAGAACUCUAGUGAAAAGUUGGAUAGAAUAAGAACAAAGCUCCUUGAUAAUCUCUCGAGACUUCCGCACGCACCAAGUGUACAGUUCCAAGAACGACCGCCUGAUACUGAAAUCCCAGAGGAAGAUGAAGAUUAUAAUACUGCUGAUGAAGGUAAUGUUCAUUAG